UAUAGGGGAAUCCCCUUCGGAAAGCCCUAACUGCGCCUGUCAUUCAGUUUGGCAUAGCAUUCAACGGAGCGAUAUCGGGAUGAGUCUGAGGCGAGAUUUGAUGAGAACUAUGUUGACCAAGAUGAACCUGUAAACACUUAGAAGGACAUGCCUGAUCGGACCUUCCAAGCAACAAUUCCUGCGACCGUGGAGGCAUCCAAAUAACACCGGCGGUGGCAUCAUUGAAGGCACCAUAUCUGAAGCAUUUUUACUUUGACAGCAACCUGAAAAUCUGACAAAAGUAAAAAUGUUUGAGAUAGAAAGCAGCGAGGGACAAACCAGCCCAAGAAGUGCCUCCAGUGAUGUCACACCUGCCAACCAGCAACUACAAGAUUAUGAAGACAGAAUUAAAAGACUUGAGAACGAAAACAAAGUACUCCAUGGAAGAAUAAGAGGAUACAAGACACUCGGAGAUUUACUUCAGGAAGCUAAAGAGGAGAACAAGAAACUUGUAGAGGCACAAAGACAUAUGAAGCAGAAACUUGAUACUUGUACAUCGAUUAACGGACUUGACUCAGACAUUCAAACUACGACCACUACGAACUGGAACCGACACAGAAUACCGACAUAAGCAUGACCCAGAUAACUGAGACUGAAGGCAAAGCUGAAGCUCAGAUGGAGUCAUCCCGCGAUCCUGGUUUGCCCACAAUCACUGAGAGGUCAGUAACCAGCAACGUGGACAAUGUCGACACCAACGAGAUGCAUGGGUCAAUAAGGUUGGUAACUCCAAUGCAGGAGUCCCUUGUGGAUACCCAGAAUGACCUAUCUCGCACCGAAACAGGCAAGAUCAUCUCCAAGGGAGGAAACAUGACCCAGAACUUGGAACUGGAUUCUGAUCGUUACGAGGAACCAGAAUAUGAGAAGGUUGGCCACCAGAUGGCCUAUAAACCCGGGAGCAUGAGCAGCAUGUCGGUUAUCUCGUCUGGACCUGAUGAGAAGUACAACUUCCCGUCACUGUCAUCAGGACCUUCCCGACGAGUCCAGGAUGUCAGACCAAAGACAUACAGUGAAUACGAACCUAAACCCAUGGAUUCGGAACUCAGUGUGCAGAUGAAGAACAUGCUACAGAUGCACAGCACAGCUGAGGAACCAGAACUGGCAGCAAAGUUCCGCAAGAUGUCGGAGGACAUUGCGAAAACUGAAGAAGAUGCCAAAAGGUUCAAGAAUCUGGCCUACACCUUUGCCCAAGAGAACCAGAGGCUGAAGACGUCAACGGCAAUGGAGUUGAAGGAACUCAAGAACCAGAACUUUGAGCUCAGAGAAGAAAACAAGCGACUGAUUACUCGAAUCAAGAGGCUGGAACAUGAUCGGGAUCAGCUGCCUGUCACCUCCGAGCCUCUCACAUCACAGACUCGCUUGGCAGGCUGGGUGACAGUAGAGAAACCACAGGGGAAGGCCAGUGUGGAGGAGGAGCUGAUGCAACAAGGCGCGGACACCUCCCUGCCAGAUGACCUUGACACUGUCAUGUCCAACGUCCGAUGUCUGAAGAAAGAGAACAGAGAGCUGAAACAGGCCAAUCAGAGCUGGAACAUCAGAUGGCAUGAACUGAACCAGCAGUGGGAGCUGAAGGUGAAGGACAUGAGGUCACAGGUCGACUCUUACAAACAGGAAAUGAGAGAACUGCAGAAACGAGAGAAGCAGAUCCAACUUGACUGUGAGAAGAUGGUCCAGGAUGCCAAGACCAAGGCAUAUGAGGAGGAGACUGCCAGGGAGGAAGCCUUGACAAAAUUUCACCAAUGCUCGAACCAGAAGCGGAGUCUGCAGGACCAGGUGUGUGAGCUCCAGGCCCGCUUUGAGAUAGCGGUCCGGGAUAAGCACAGCCUAGAAGCAGAACUCAGUGUUCUCAAAUCUCGUUACCAAGGCAACAUGAGAAGUGGCCAGUUUGGAAUGGAGCGCAACAGAGAGGAUCUGACAACUGAGAUAGAGGUUCUGAGACAGCAGCUGACCGUAUUCGAGGAAGACUUUGACCGUGAGAGGCAAGACCGUGCAGCUGCCCAGUCUGUUGGGGAUGACCUUCAGACUACACUGGACAAGGUCAGGGAGGAGAAGGAAGCCAUCCUGCGUCGCAACAAGUUGCUGGAACAAAAGCUGAAGAGUCACGAGUCAACGAUGCAGCAGACUCUGCAACGUAACGAGAGUCUUCAGACGCAGGUCCGCGAGCUCCAUGGCGAGAAUCGGCGACUGCGAGAGAGCAGCAUCCCUCAGUUCCAGGGCAACAUGAUGAACCAAACCUACCCACGCUACCAGAACCAGCCCCAGUUCCAGAACAUGCCCAUGUAUCCAAACACACCCAUGCAAGGCGGCUUCUCACCCCAGGGGCAGAUGGGCUUGGCAGGCUUCUUGCCACCACUGUCCCCCCAAGGGUUUAACCAGCCAUACAUGAACAUGAACAAUGCGCCAUUCCCGCAGUAUGGCUCAGGGCGCCAGGUGGGAGGGGCCCAGACCUCACCGGUUAUGCCGAGACAGUGGACAUGUGAAUUCUGCACCUUCUCCAACAUCCCCAGCAGGACUGUGUGUGAGAUGUGUGGCAAGAUCAGACGUCAGCAGCAGACCGGAUAUUCCUCGUCUGGACAUGCCUCCUCGGAACCGGUGCUCAUGUCCCGUGAUGUGAUCCACCCACCUCCGCUGCCCAGAGGUCAAGACGUUCCAGAUGAAAGUGGGGACCUGGUCACUGACAAUGGACUGUAAUCGUGAACACUUCUGUUGCAGUGAAAAUUCUACCUAGAGGACUUCUAGGUACUCCAUUUACAUAGUUAAGUGGAUGCAGCACAGGGCAACCUGCCCGACAUCCUGCUGGCAGGAUUGGGGAUACACAUGACAGAACAUGGCAGAACAGAGCAGAGCCACGAACAGGGUGAACAACAUCACACCUCACCAGAAAUCAAGUGGAUGAGAAGAUAGUACGAGACAGAUGGAACAUCUAUAUGUAAGCUUACAGGAACACCAAGAUGGAUCAGCCAUAACACAAAUGGCCACAAACUGUUUGUGGUAAACUGUAUGUGUACAGCAUGAAGAUGAUGGGACUUCCUGCAUCCAAGAGCUGAUGUAGCAGAAUCUUGCCACGAUCGCUACACCCAGUUCAAGGGCCAGUAGUCUCAGCGUCGGCUGGAGAGUCAGAUGUAGUAUGCGAUGUUAAAUGAAAGGAUACUGUCAUGAUAUUCCCAAGUUCUUGGAUCAGCCUUUCUUGCCCCCAGCUUUCUUAUUGGCCAAAAGGUUCAAAUAACAGUUAAUUUGAAAGCUGACUGUAAGAAAGGCUUGAAGAAAUACACAAAGCCCCAUGUGUAUCACCAGCCUUUGGU